GCAGCCCUCGCCACUUCCCCCCGCCCCUUCCGCCUCUUCCGCCGCCGCCAUCGCCGGGACGCCAGGCAGCUCUGCGCCAUGUCGUCUCACAAGACGUUCAAGAUCAAACGCUUCCUUGCGAAGAAGCAGAAGCAGAACCGGCCGAUCCCGCAAUGGAUCCGCAUGAAGACUGGCAAUAAGAUCAGGUACAACUCCAAAAGGAGGCACUGGAGAAGGACCAAACUGGGAUUGUAAGAGGGACUGUCUUCUGGGAACUCUAAUAACACUUGUCUUUCUGCAUCAGACUGAUACACCUGUGGCUGUUUGGCACCCCCAAGUGAUUCCCUCUGCAGUGUUGGACUGUACUCCCCAGAUGUGUGUUGGGUUGUUUUUUUUGUAAGCUAGUCUGGGAUAUUUAUGUUAACUGGGAAAAUCUUGGAAGUAAUUUGCAUCUGAAACAUGAAGACUGUGUUCUAUUAGUGUUCUUUUUUCAGGCAUCAUUAUGAGUAUUGACAGUGUACAGGUUUACUAAUAAAUACAGACCUGGAUGA